UGUACUAUACCGGAAAUAAAAAUACCGGGGAAGCGUGGAGUGCUUUUUGGAGAAUUGCUGUUAGACGGUAUAGCAGGGAGGUGUCUGUGAACGCGGCAUACUUUGGCAGUAAGGGACUGUCACUCGUUGAGGUGUGGCACUCACAAUGAGCAUGACGUCAUUCACCCUAAGGUGAGUCUCGCGGCACGGUAUCAUGUUUUGUCUCCUGACAUACGUUAAACAUGUUUUCGUGUUUUUUUUAACGGUAUUAUAGUCAUUUAUCAAUUGCAUCACACUAGAUUCCAGAUACUCUUUGCUUCAUUAAAUCCCAGUCCCACUCGGGAUCAGUGAAGCGAUGGAUUGUGGUUCCUCUGAUGUUCACCCAGCUUUGGAAUGCGGCUCUGAGGGGCUUGGCAGCUUCACGGCACUGUUGCUGCCUCAAGCGAGGGCCAGAAUGUUUGUAAGACGUGACGUGUGACCAUGUGACCGUGUGACUCGCCUCUUUCAGCCUGCUCCGCUGAGUCAGCAGACGACGAGUUUCAGAGGCACCAAGCACCCUGUGAAAUGCACGCAUGCGGGGGAGGGGGGGGGGGGGCCGUGAAUGGACACAGAAACGGAGCUGUGUGCAUCCAUAGACGUCAGCACUGUCUGCCGUAUGGCGUGUUACUGUUGGCUGUGGGUGUGAGGCGCACGCAGCUCGAGGCGCCGACAGACGCACAUGGGUCCAUUCAGCUCUUGAGUACAAUUUGGAAACUUUACAAAGGAGAAAAUACCCUUCGGAAUGAGGCCUGGCAAGAUUGCGAAAUACAGAGGUCAAGAGACAGGAGGACACCAUCUCUAUUAGGUCAUCUAAUAAGACACAAUUAGCAGACAUUUUCCUAACUAGCAAAAUCAAGAAACUGGCCUGUUUAGCUGUCAGUUUGGCCCUUAAAUUUCAGAAUUUAAAUUUAAUUUAAAUUUAAAUUACAGAAAGCCCCCAUAACCAUGUUACUUUAUUUCUGCUCAUUUGGCAGGACCACACAUACUUAAGGCUGUAGAUUAAUACAUGGGACCCAAUGAAAGACCUCUGAUCUGACACCAAGCUCCCCAGAACAGUGACACUCAAAGCAGCAGAAGACUUUGGUAGGUUUGAAAGUGUCCAAAGCAUUUGUUUACUCGGCUUUCUAUCACCAUGCACACAUGCAUGCUCUCAGUCCAAAUCAUGAGAUAUGGCUAAUGGUGAGAAAUCAAAGCUAAAAAGUCACAGGAAAUGUACACGUACAUUUCUUUCUUCACUCCCGUUGCGCUCUACCCCGCCCUCCCUCUCCCUGCACUUUGAUGAUGGAGGGAUUUCAUUCUUCAUCUGCUGUGAGCUCAGCAGGUUUGUUUCUCUGCUGAUAAUCCCCGCACAGUGCGUCAGGGGAUAAAAGAGUGGGCCACCAGGGUGGGAACAGCGCAUCCUGACAGAGAAACACAGGAGGUAGGUGGAGACGGAGCAAGCAGAUAACACAAUUAACACACACCCAGACCGGCCAUGCAAAACACAGGAGGUGAUGGAAGUAGCUUCAGUCGUCGUAGAACAUCAGGCUUAAAGAUUCCUACCAUUUGCUUUCAGCUGGGUAAAGUAAUCGAUUACGCUCUAUCUUUCCCCUCAGGCAUCAUGUCUUCCAGCACUGAGAAAUCUUCCAAGGGCUCUUCCCAGUCGGAUGGGAAGCCUGCCCAGAACUCUGAGAUGGACAUGACGAUACCCUACAAGAUGUGCAUUUUUGACCAGGAGAACUUCCAGGGCAGGUGUAUGGAGAUAACGGGCGAGUGUAUGAGCGUGUGCCAGGCCGGCUUUGACCGCGUGCGCUCCCUCCGCGUCCACUGUGGCCCCUUCGUGGGCUACGAACAGAUGAACUUCUGUGGGGAGAUGUACAUCCUGGAGAAAGGGGAGUAUCCUCGCUGGGACUGCUGGAGCAACAGCUACAGGAACGAGUUUCUCAUGUCCUUCAGACCCAUCAGGAUGGACACAGAGAAGCACAAGAUCUGCCUUUUUGAGGUGGGACAUUUCAAGGGCCGUAAGAUGGAGAUCCUGGAUGAUGACGUGCCCAGUCUGUUCGCAUAUGGCUUCACCGACCGCGUGGGCAGCAUCUCUGUGAGCUGUGGAACCUGGGUCGGGUAUGAGUUCCCAGGUUACCGUGGCAGCCAGUACCUGUUGGAGAAAGGUGACUUCAGGCACUUCAACGAGUUUGGCGCCCGGUACCCCCGGAUGCAGUCGGUCCGCCGCAUUCGUGACAUGCAGUUCCACCCCUUCGGUGCCUACAUCAUGGCAGAGAAAUGAGCGCCAUCUGUUGGACGGACAACAAGGCAAUGGGGUAUUAUUCCCAACCCAGGACAAAGGGAGCGGAAAAUGAGACGUAGAGCGAGUGAAAGGUGCUUGGGGAGGCUGGCUGCAGCGAAGAGGAAGUCAUCCAACCAUAUAUAGUAUUUGUGUGCAGCUGCCAGAAGGGGGCGGUCAUGAUGAAUUUGCAGUCGGCACAUCCACGGUGGCAGAUGGCAGGAGAUGGAUGCCAGGAGAUCCUCCUUCUCCAGCUCCCUCUUGCUUUCUCCACAUCAAUUUUUCUCUGUUCUCUGCUUCUGAAUUUUCCCUGUUAUUUGCCUGUCUUCCUUUUACCUGAUAUCCAGCUCAGAUGGAGAGAUAUCCAGCAAUCCCUGUACAGUUAUGCUGUAUUCCCUGGCAUCUUUAAUAAAGAAAAUUGGUGAUUUAA